AUAACUUGACCCAAACAAAUGAACGCGGAAGUACUCCUUGUGUUUUUUCUUUGGAAAAGAGAAACUAAAGACCAACUUUGAAAAUCUUACCGAACAAAGCAAAGUGGAAACUGACGACCGAUUAUUUGACGAAUCGAUUCUUUUUUUCUGUCGUUUGUUUUGUAAAUCAACGGCGUAAUUUGAUCUGAGAAUAAACGGUUUAAAUGAUCUCUAGUUGGGUCAUUAUGAAGUUAGUUUGCCUAUUUAAUUAUUAAUAUUGUUUGUGUUGCCUUUCGUCUCCGUAUCAUAGCCCGUGCUAUCGCUUAUAAAGAAAGUUGCAUAUCCAGAAUGACUGUGGCGGUGUUUUUCGGCUGUGCUUUCAUUGCGUUUGGUCCAGCCUUCGCCCUGUUCGUCUUCACGAUCGCCAAAGAUCCACUGAGAGUCCUCAUUCUGAUCACAGGGGCGUUCUUCUGGCUGCUGUCUCUGUUGUUGUCAUCUCUGGUGUGGUUCAUCGCUGUGAAGGCCAGUAACGCAGAUGACUGGACGCUCAGGAGAUCUCUUCUCAUUUUUGGAGUCUUCUUUUCAGUUUUACUCCAGGAGCUGUUUCGCUUUGGUUACUACAGACUGCUCAGAAAAGCCAAUGAGGGUCUGGCAGCCAUUAGUGAAGAUGAGAGUUCAGCUAUUUCAGUGCGUCAGAUGGCUUACGUGGCAGGACUGGGCUUCGGCAUCAUGAGCGGCGCGUUCUCAAUGAUCAACAUUCUGUCGGAUUCUCUGGGUCCCGGGACAGUCGGCAUCUUUGGAGAUUCACAGUAUUACUUCAUUACAUCAGCUCUGAUGACUCUGGCUUUGACUCUUCUGCACACGUUCUGGGGUGUGGUGUUCUUCGACGGCUGUGAGAAGAGCAGAUGGUGGGUCAUUGCUCUGGUUGUGUGUCUUCACCUGCUGGUCGCCGGUCUGUCUCUUUUGAAUCCAUUUUACGAUGGCAGUCUGCCUCCUGUAUAUAUAAUCACGCUGCUGAUGGGCGUCUGGGCGUUCUUCUCAUCUGGAGGAUCACUACACAACCUCACUGCUCUCUGCACACGCAGAAAAGCAGAAAGAGAAACUUCAUAAGAGGGUGUGUGUCAUGACCUGUUAAUGAGACUGAGUGCGACAGAACCGAGUUUGCUGCUUGAUCUAUGAGCAGCGGUUUGUGAAAGUUCACAUUCACCUGUUCAAGCCCGAAGCGAUCAGACACGCCCCAUCCAACACCAGUGAUUUCAUCAGAGGCAAACGGGCCACGGGACUUUCACAGAAGCACUAUAAAUAGCUUGAUCCGAAUCCACAUGAACAAGAUGUUCUGAUAUUCAUAUGAUUUCUUUUUAAAACGAGUAUUCUCUGACCCAUGUUUCAUGAUUUUGAGGUUUUUUGUAAACCAUUUCAUUUAAAUUCUGAAGGAAGCCAUGUCAGUUAUAAGGUGGUGGACAUGUACAUACUGAAAUCUUGUACGAUUUUGAAAACCUUUUCUUAAAUUUGUCAAAUGUAUGAAUGCACAAUGAGAACAUUCACAUAUCAAGUGUCCUCAGAUCCAGUGGAACAAACGUCUUCAGCAUCUCAUGUGCAGUUAUGCAGUAUUAGUCGCUUAGGAUUUUAUAGUUUAAAUGUGAUUUAAUGUUUAUGCUGUCAGUAGAAACCCAUACAGCAGCAGCUGACACAUACUGGAAACAACAUCCUUUAAACUCAACCAAACCAAACUGUUGAUGGCUCCAUCUAUAGUAUUUUUUGAACGGUAACAUGCAACCUUUACAGUUAUGCAAACCCUGGAUAUUCCAGAAUGAUCCUUCAGUAAUACCAUUUUAAAAAUGGUGCUGGCCCCGUGCUCCUGUCAGGAUGUAUUUAUAUUCUCAAAAAUCUGUGUUAAACUAAAAGCUUUAAUUCCUGAACCAGCACACUAACUAUACUUCUGUAUGUUUCUGGUCCAUAUUUCAGUAUACAUCAUCAAGUGAUAAGAACUGUGUUUGCAGACGAUUUUUAUGAUCAGAGUUAUUACAUUGUACACAAUAAUGAUUUGGUGCUUUCCGGAAUUUCAAUUACAAAAGGAUUUCUUAUAUGUAUGUGAUACUUUAAUGCUGCUUUAUAAACAUUCUUAAACUAAGAUGAGCAAACGGCGUCGUUUUUCAUUUCA